AUGGAGCACAAAAUAAGUGAGACAGCUUUUAAUGUGUUUGAUGAAGUUCGCUUACAGGGCGAACACACUGAUGUCAUCAUCAAGGUUCAGGAAACCAAUUUUAAAGUGCACAAGAUCAUCCUUUGUGGCUGCAGCCCUUAUUUUAGGACGCUUUUCUCCACCCAGUGGACCAACGUGGAGGAACAAUUCUACGAUAUUCCAGGAAUGUCCUCAAACACCAUGUCUCUUAUUAUUCAAUACGCAUACGCAAGACCAGUCCUGAUUACUGAAGAGAAUGUGUCAGAGCUCUUAGCAGCUGCUGAUCAGUUUUUAAUCUCAGAUCUCAUAGAAGCCUGCUGCCAGUUCCUGGAAGCAAACUUAUGCCCAGAGAACUGCAUCGGUGCCCGCAUGUUAACAGAGUGUUUCCCGUCCUGCUCAGUGCUCCACCAGAAAACAAGGCUUUACGUCCUGCAGCACUUUGAGCAGGUACUGCAAGUUUCUGAGGAGUUCCUUGAACUACCGCUGGAACAUCUGGAGGAGAUGAUUGCUCAGGAUGAGCUGAACGUCAAACAGGAGGAGAUGGUUUUUGAGGCCAUCGUUCGCUGGAUUGGACAUGCACCUGGAAACAGGAGAAAACACAUUGCUGUGCUUCUUUCAAAGGCAGGACAGAGAUAUAAACGCAUCAUGUUAAUCAUAGUUCGAAUGGGGUUGAUGUCACCGGACUACUUCAUGACUGACGUCAGAAACAAUGCAUUGGUGUUGGAGAGCGAAGCAUGUUCGGACAUUGUCAUCAAUGCAAUGAAGGUCAUUUUUGACCUCCACAUGGAGGAACCCGCCAGCUCAGAGCUCAUUAAUCAACUGACACGCCCACGUUUGCCUUAUGAGAUCCUAUUGGCCAUCGGAGGGUGGAGCGUAAGCAAUCCCACCAAUGAGAUUGAGGCAUAUGAUACAAAGGCGGACUGUUGGGUCAACAUGACUCAAGAGGACGAGCUUCCCAGAGCAUAUCAUGGCUCAGUGGUCCUGGAUGGGUUCGUCUACUGUCUUGGCGGCUUUGACAGCGAGAAUUAUUUCAGCAGCGUGAGGAAAUUCAAUCCCAUCACUCAAACUUGGCAAGAGGUGGCCCCGAUGUAUGAACGGCGAUGUUAUGUUAGCGUUGCUGUCCUGGAUGGCCUCAUUUAUGCCAUUGGAGGUUUUAAUGGAUACGGACGACUAAAAACAGCAGAACGCUACAAUACAAACACCAACCAGUGGACAAUGAUUGCACCCAUGAAUGUACGGAGGAGUGACGCCAGCGCCACCUCACUGCAGAGCAAGGUUUAUAUCUGUGGUGGUUUUACUGGGGUGGAGUGUCUCUUCUCAGCUGAGAGCUUUGACCCCGAAACCAACCAGUGGACUCUCAUCGCUCCCAUGAGAAGUCGCCGCAGCGGUGUUGGAGUGAUCAGUUACGGAAAUCUAGUUUAUGCUGUUGGUGGUUUCGAUGGUGCCGCUCGUUUGCGAAGUGCCGAGGCCUACAACCCUCUUAAUGACACCUGGCAUGAUAUACGCUCUAUGAUUAACCCACGCAGUAACUUCGGCAUUGAGGUGGUGGAUGAUCAGCUGGUUGUUGUCGGGGGGUUUAAUGGAGUCGGCACCUGUCGGGAUGUGGAGUGUUACGACCGGACGACAAAUGAAUGGGAUGAAGUCUGCAGCAUGAGCAUUUCCCGCAGUGCUGUGAGCUGCUGUGUGAUAUCCGGGUUACCUGACGUCACACAGUACGUGGUGGAUCGAGACUCUUUAGAGACAUCAGAUGACGAGUCUGACAGUGACUGACCGACCUCCAGUAGAUAUCUGACAUUUGAACCAGAAUGCACACUGAAACA